UUAGGGAAAGCAGAGCAAGGCCACAGGGCACUUCUUCCACCCACGGGCGCUCGGCGGCGCCACUCCAAUCCAAGGCAUCGCCGGUCGGCGCGGCGCCGCGACGGCUCCCACUCCCUGUCCCGCGCACUCCUCCCGGCAGACGACAGCAGGCCAGCACCAGCAGCAGCCGUGGCUGCGCCUGGCGGUCAGCGGGAUGUCCCAGUGUGCCUGGAGCCUAUGGGAUGCGGUCUGCCCCUUGCGCUGUGGCUCACGCCCUUUUGGAUUUACUAAUAACACGUCCCUCGAUCUUCCAGGUCCUUAAAAAAUAUGGACUCCAAACCAGAAAAAUCUAUGAUCACUCCCAAUGAGAACUCUGUAUCUUCACCAUCUGGGAAGAGACAGAAAACAUUAUAUGAUAAAGAUGGUGAGCAAUGUGAUGAUGCAUCUCAGCAAGUAGUCAUCUAUAAGAAUGACAAAAGUGAUAGGGGAAGAGAUGAACAGAGUGCAAGCCAUCUCCCAAUUGUACCAGCAAAACCAUCAAAGAAACGAAAGCGUGCAUUGGGAAAGAAACGAAAGCGUGCAUUGGGAAAGCAAAUUGGAACCUUUGUUUCUCAAUGUGCUAAAUGUCAGAAAUGGAGACUUGUUUCAACAAAAGAGAAGUACGAAGAAAUUCGAGAGCAAGCUCUAGAGGAUCCUUUUGUCUGUGAGAAAGCCCGUGAGUGGAAGCCUGAUGUGACAUGCGAUGACCCAUCAGAUGUAUCUGAGGAUAGCGGUAUGCUUUGGGCAAUUGAUAAACCUAACAUCCCACGGACCCCUCAAGAAUGGGAAAGGUUGAUUAAGAUAAGAGGUGAAGGAAGCACCAAAUUUGCUGAUGUGUACUAUUGGUCCCCUACAGGAACACAACUGAGAUCAAGGAAGAAAUUGGAGAAGUACCUUGGAGAGCAUCCAGAAUAUGCCGCACAAGGUUUAAAGUUAUCUCAUUUUUCAUUCAAGUCACCUGCACCACUACAAAAGGACUAUGUUAGGAAGCGUUCCCAGACAAGUCAAAGUGGUGUUACACCAAAAAGGUCAACUAAGCUUCUCCAACCGGAAGAAGUGCAACCCAUCUCCUGGGCACCUCCACCGGCGGAUGGCAACCUGGAGAACAACAUGCAGCUGGUCCUCAACAAUGGAGAUCAGACUCAAGUGGUGCAGUCGUCGUCUGAACCGCCAGAGCCUGAGAGCCCGCCGCCUGCACCAGCAGCUUAGCCCAAACCCUCAUUCGGCUAGCCCAGGAUAAUCUUUUGAUUGGUUGUUGGUGUUAGAAUGAUACAAUACUAGGUGAUGCUUCUACAAGGAUUGCAGAAUUUGGUCCCCAUAGAUAGGUAGCUGCCGUGUUCCUGCUGUUUUAUUGGUUCGUUGGUUUGGAUCCGUCAGGAUCAGGUAGGCUUGUGUUGCUUUCGACCGGCUGCUAUUUCAACGAUGCUAUGGCGACGUGUAUGUAUUGUGUAUGUGUUGUACCGUAGCUGCUGCUGCUGCUCGGUGUCAGAUUGCUAGUCAUGGUCAGAUGAAACACUGUAAGGUUUAAGAUUUGGAAUUAUUGGUCAUCUAUUGUCGCCGUUGGUUGAACUUGAACAAGAAGCAGAAGUCAAAUGGAUGCCGUUAUAUCUGGUAAUGGAAAUGGGGAUGUCCCUCGGUUUGAAUCUAU